AUCCAUAUAGAACCAUCUGGUAAAGUCCAGGCAUUUCAACCAUCGACUAUAAGUUUAAACAAGAAUAUCAUUCUUUUGAUAGUUAUAUCCAUAAACUCGUAACUGUUCAUCCACAUUCGCAAUGUCUGUAGUCUUUGAAUCUCUUCUCAUCAAGUUCAAACCCAUUCUGGUUGAACACCCCGAAUCCCCUCCUGCUUCUUUCUCAUCCGUGACCGAUCACCUCAAGUCAAUUCCUGGGGUCGAGUCCGUGUACCUUGGCAAACCCCUCGAGAAACCUGAUUACUGGGUUCUGGGUAUCCGUUGGGCCUCGCGCCCUGCCUAUGAUGCCUUCGUUUCCGGCUCCGCUGCCACCGAUUGGCAUGCUUCUUUGCGCGCCUUACUGGCCGAGCACCCUGUCGUCAGUCCAAUCGCAGAGUAUACAGGCCAUGCCGAGCGCGCCCUCCAUGCACCUAUUACAGAAUUUUGUACUUGUUGGGGUGCUGAUGAAACCUUCACGGAGGAUAACAUGAAGCCAUUCGCCGUUGCUUGUGAAGAGGGUGGGUUGGCUGGGCUUCAUGGCUUGGCUUACGGCGAAUUUGUACAAGGACAACAUGAGAACCCUUCGGUUAUUCCUGGCCGAGCAUCUAGGCUACUGAUGGGUUGGGAUAGCAAAGAGGCCCGUUUGCAACACAACAAUAGUAGAAGUGGUAAGUCUCAUUUCUUUGUUGCGCCAUUAGUGCUGACUAAAUUGCACCGCAGUAAUUGACGAUAACGUAUACUAUCUGCUUGCUCGGAACAAGAGCCUUGAAAUAGUGAGCCAUCUAGGAAGUUGUAGAAAGCCCGAGCAACUAACAUUUCAUGUAGUAUCAUGUCCCUUUCAGAAAGCUCUGAGACUUAAUGUCACGCCUAAAGGUCGCAGGUGAUACCAGAUUGUUAUUGGAUUAAGUAGAGAACAAAAUAACACUGAGUCAACGCGCCGUCGAAAAUCAGAUACCUUGAAAGCUGUCACUUGUCAUUGUGAGGCUCUCUCUUCCUGCCAAUAAGCCCCGUCUUGAUCCGUACGUCCCGAUGAAAUGCGAU